CUCCGCUACAAUUUUGUGCACAGCUGAUCACAUGGUUGAUGACGCCAAUGCCGUGCGAUGCUGAAGCAUUUGUACACGAAUAUUAGACACAUUAUUUACAGCUCCCCCAGUCUCAUGGAUUUUGAUAGCUAACUCACUCGUCAACACUUUUUGCCUUCGCCUCGAGGGACCUCGAUGUUCUCGUUAUCGCUGCUCAAUGUCAGCGUUCCUGGACGGAAACUGAGCUCGACACUCGUUAUCCUUGCACUAAUCAUCGCUGGUUGGCUCCUUCAACAUCAUCUCUACAUUACCUUUUGUCUUGCGUACACGUACUACGCCUUUGCGUUCCUUCCGACCGCGAUUCUAGGCCACGGCGAUGGUUUCGAUCUUCUAAAUAUGAAAUCACCCCCGGACGCUCUGGAGAUCGUACCUCGCAUCUUACAUCGAGUCCAUCUGGGACGCACACCAAUGCGUCCGAGGUGGAUAGCGGCCCAUCAGUCAUGCCUUAAGCUGCACGGGAACUGGACAAUAAAUCUCUGGGACGAACAGUCUGCGAAUAUUUUCAUGCUUCAACAUUAUCCUCACCUGUACGACCCGUACCGAGCCUUCCCUCGAGAUAUGCAUCGCUCUGUCAUCAUCAGGUACUUAGUGUUAAACAAACAAGGUGGAAUAUUUCUCGACCUCGGCAUAAAGUGCAAUGCGCCUCUGCACUCCUUCCUCACACAAGAAUGGCUUUCGCUCCCUGGUAAACCAAUCGGGAUCGAUACCGCUUUUGUGACAUCGGUACCUGACCAUCCAUUCCUCCACUUCAUUAUCGACAAAGCCUUCGAAUAUCACCUUUCUUACAUCUCGGCAUACGGUUCGAAAUCGUCUACGGCAGGAAGCCGUUUGGUAUCGGCCCUGCAUGCUCAAUACCCUGAACGGCUGAAACUCAAAGUCCUACCACAGGAAUACAAGCUUGGCAGAUAUUCCAUCAUGUCCAUUCUUGAGUACCUCCGUACGUCGACACGGCAUUGGGGUGACACCGCUGCCGCCACAGGUACAGCCGUUUCGGAGGCAGUGGAAUGGUUUAUUUCACCAUGGCUAAUUUUUGGGAUCAUCCUUGGGGUCUUUUUCGUUUUGGGUUUGUUUUUGGUGUUGAUGUACGUGUACGUGUACCGGCGGAGAAGAAAUAAGGCGGGACUGAACUCCAUCCACUUCGGCCGGUCCUGCCGCGAUAACCGCUAUUGAUUUUUUUCGAUGUUGCGUCGGUGGACUGUUCCCCACCAG